AUGAGCUGGAUUACUAUAGGUAGUUAGAAUAAAGGCCCUUAAGGUCGAUGGGGACACACCAGUGUUGCGCAGGAUGAUAAACUCUAUAUCUUUGGAGGCUAUGAUGGCAAUUAUCUAAAUGAUUUCUACUCUUAUGAUUUUGACAACAACAUGUGGUAGACAAUACACUAAGAAGGCCAGGUGCCAGAGCCCAGAUCAAAUCAUAUCAUGCUUAUCAACAGCGGAACCAUAUAUAUUCAAGGGGGAGGAGGUAUGUCCAAAACUCGAUUCGGGGAUCUCUAUUCAUUUAAUAAUAAAACCUGGCUGAAAUAGAAAAUUAAUUUAAUACCUCGAACCUAUCAUACAGGUUGUGUUGGCGAUAAUAAACUAUUUAUAUAUGGAGGAGAAUCCGGUAGAGAUUUGGACGAUUUAGAAAUUGUUGAUUUAAGUGGCAUGACACAAUAUACUGUGAAAGUUGAAUGUUAGGUAAAGCCAGAACCUAGACGUUUUGCAACUCUUUAGUAUUACAAUAAUUAAUUAAUAUUAAUUGGUGGAUGCACUUAAUCCUACAUUAAUACUCCUUCAAUUUAUGUUGCUAGUUUUAAGGAAGUCGAUAAUAAUAUAAGUGUGGCUUGGACUUAACUAUAAAUUUAAUUUUCUAAAUGGGGGUAAUCUUGUAUACAAUUUGAUGAUUUAUUGUAUAUUUUUGGAGGAAGAGAUGACAAGGAUUCUGAUGAACUCUACUCUUUUGAUUUAUAAAACAGUAAGAUUUAGAUCAUUAACAAUUAAAAUAAGAUUAAGGCAAGAAGAAAACAUAGUGCUUCUAUUAUUGGUAAUUCCUUAGUAAUUUUUGGUGGGUUCAACGGAAAAUAUUAAAAUGAUUUAUGCUUCUAUGAAUUACCACUUAUUAAUUCUGUUCCGCUUUCUGUCGAAUUACCAUCCAAACCAUACUAAGAAGUACCAUAAUAUUAAUUUGAAAACUUCUUUUAAUUUGAAAAUGGAAUUCACUUUUACAAAGAAAAAUAUGAUUGCCUAAUCUAAACAGAUGAAAAAUGUUUUGGUGUCAAUAAAUCUGUUCUUCUUAAUACUUCAGGAUAUUUUAGAGAACUAUUUAGUGGAGAUUAUGCAGAGGGCUAAUUACUUUAAUUAGAUUUAUCUUUUGUAGAUCACAUUGCUUUUGGUAUAGUUUUGAUUUUCUCAUAUGAAAAUAAACUGACACUCCCUAUUCUGAAUAAAGAAGAACUCUUUAGGCUCUUAGAACUAUGUGAUUACUUAGACAUGAUGUAAUUAAAAGAGAAAACUUAAUACUAUAUUGCUUAGACUGUUGAUAAAAAUACAAUUUAAGAAAUAUACAAACUUUCUGUUGAACAUUAGAAUAAUUAGUUAUAAAAUUUUUGUGCAUUCAAGGUUUCAAAAUUGAAAAUGCCAUUGCAAGAAAUUGACAAUAUAUAAAGCUAAUAAGUAAAUAACAUGAAAAAAAUAAGAAAGUUGUCAAUUGUCAAUGAAUUAUGA